UUCCCACCACCACACAUUCACCACCCCCAAGCCACCCACCCACACACCCACACCGCCAUUCUCCUCCACGGCCGCGGUAGCAACGGUCCCGAAUUCGCCGAGGAACUGUUCUCCUCUUCCACAUCCAAGGGACAAAAUCUCCCCUCCCACCUACCGUCCUUCCGCUGGGUGUUUCCCACAUCCAAAGACCGCUGGAACAGUCGUUUCGAAGAGGACAUCUGUGCUUGGUUCGAUGCUUACUCUUUGACUGAUAUCACUGAACACCAAGACACACAAGUUCCUGGGAUAAGGGAAUCUGUCACAUAUAUCCUGGGUAUUCUGGAAGAAGAAAUCAAGCUUCUUGAUGGGAAGAGCACGAACGUUUACCUAGGUGGUAUUAGUCAAGGCAUGGCGACUGCGUUGUGGAGUUGGUUUUGUGCGAGGGAUCGGUUAGGUGGGGUGGUGGGGUUUUGUGGGUGGAUGCCGUUUGCGGAGAGAUUUGGGGAUGAGGAUGGGGAUGGCGGUUUGGAUGGGGGAAGGCGGGUGGCUGCAUUUUGUGAGGGGGUUGUAUGGGGUGAAGUGCAGGGAGGCUGGGAGGGUAGGAGGGUUUUGGACUCGCCGGUGUUGUUGGGUCAUGGGGUUGAUGAUCCGAUGGUGUCUGUGGAGUUGGGGAGGCAGGUAGUUGGGAUUUUGAAAAGGUCGGGGAUCAAAGUACAGUGGGUUGAGUAUGUUGGGGCGGAGGGAGAUGGGCAUUGGAUUAAGGAGCCAGAGGGGUUUGAUGCCAUCUUGAGGUUUCUGGAAUCGGGGUCUGGGGGUGAGUGAGAUGGUAUGCUUGUUGAAUGAGCUAUACAGCAUCUUCUGGUAGUAUGUGAGGGUUGCUGAUAUAGAAGACAUCCAGUAGAAGGGGUUUAAAUACACAAUGGCGUCGUCCGGCUGCAAGAAUCAAUCAUUCACACAUCACUCGGACAUUGAUUAU